AUGGAGUGUCAGGACGCAGUUGUUUCCUUCCUGAGCUGGACUCUGAUUAUCGGGGGCGCGGCUUACCUGCUCAGACAGAGCUACACAUGCACGCCGUACGGCCGCUACGCGCCAACGACGGUUCAUUGUUGCUGCUGUUCGGCCAGACUGGGCUGGUUCCUGCAGGAAGUCCCGGCCUUCCUGCUGCCGCUGCUGCUGCUGCUCACCGAGGAACCGGGGACGACCGGGGACAGAACCGGGGGGGCGCUGCUGCUCUGCACCUUCAUGCUGCACUACUUCCACAGGAGCUUUAUCUAUGCCCUCCUGACCAGAGGACGCCCCAUCCCACUGAACAUCGUCCUCUUCGCCGCCAUCUUCUGCUCCCUCAAUGGCUUCUUGCAGGGACACCACCUGCUGCACUGCGCCCAGUUUGAAGACAGCUGGCUGACCGAGGCUCGUCUGGCUGCAGGUCUCCUGUUGUUUGUGGUCGGUAUGAUCAUCAACAUCCACAGCGACCACAUCCUGUGUGGCCUGAGACGACCCGGGGAGACCGUCUACAGGAUCCCGCACGGGGGAAUGUUUGAGUUUGUGUCAGGCGCAAACUUCUUCGGGGAGAUCGUGGAGUGGUGUGGGUAUGCUGUGGCCACCUGGUCUUUACCCACCUUCGCCUUUGCCUUCUUCACUGUGUCCUCCAUCGGACCCAGAGCCUACCACCAUCACAGAGACUACCAGCAGAAGUUUGAGGACUACCCUCGCUCCAGGAAAGCUCUCAUUCCUUUCAUACUGUGACAAUGGAAAAGUGUCACGCCUCAUCAUCAUCACCAUCAUCAUCAUCAUCAUCACCAUCAUCA